AUGCCGGGGACCUCUUGCGCCUCGUUUGGGAGUCGACUGAGGCCCAAGAGGCAGGAGCAGUUCGGAUCAGUUCCUACAACUGCGGCAACCGGACUCCGCAACCCGUGGCCGAUGAGAACGGCUCCACCGCCGUUUCUUACUGCAAGGAGGGCCAGCUGCAACGCCAGGACAGGUGCGACUGCCCAGGCGCCGCGGCUCGCUGCAGCAAGGACGCCCCGGACGGGCAACUAUUUUGUUUCAAACGGGACGACAACUGGGCAGGCUGCCUUAACUACUGGGACUGCUUGGAGUUCGAUUAUACCUCGUACACGUACACCGGGCGCAAAAUUACGUAUCCCUUGA